CCCACUCCGCCGCUGGCUGCUAGGGGCACCCGCGGUCGCCUGUUUGUUUGCAACAAGUUUCUGCGUCGGGCUCCGGGGAGGCUGGCGCAACCCGCACCGCGGGGGCCGGCGCGGCGGCGGCUUUACCACCCCUCGCGCCCCUCUCCCAAGGACGGAGACACCGGGUCUAAGGAACGCGUAGUUUGAAUCUAAGGCCUACACCUUUUUGAGUAACUGGACUCCAGGGCUCCAGGCCUUGGGCCCUCCACCACACCAGGAGCGCAGUGCCAGUUUAACCCACUCCCUGUAGAGACCAUUUGCCAGAGAGCCACAAUGGACACAGCUAGCCAUAGCCUUGUCCUUCUGCAGCAGCUGAACAUGCAGCGAGAAUUUGGUUUUCUGUGUGAUUGCACAGUUGCCAUUGGAGAUGUUUACUUCAAAGCCCACAGAGCAGUGCUUGCUGCUUUUUCUAACUAUUUCAAGAUGAUAUUUAUUCACCAAACAAGCGAAUGCAUAAAAAUACAACCAACUGACAUCCAGCCUGACAUAUUCAGCUACUUGUUGCACAUUAUGUACACGGGGAAAGGGCCAAAACAGAUUGUGGAUCACAGUCGUUUGGAGGAAGGGAUUCGAUUUCUUCAUGCCGACUACCUUUCUCACAUUGCCACUGAAAUGAAUCAAGUGUUCUCACCAGAGACUGUGCAGUCCUCAAAUUUGUAUGGCAUUCAGAUCUCAACGACCCAAAAAACAGCUGUCAAACCAGGGCUGGAGGUCAAAGAAGCUCCUUCCAAUAACAGUGGAAACAGAGCUGCUGUCCAGGGUGACCACCCCCAGUUGCAGCUCUCUCUUGCUAUUGGGCUGGAUGAUGGCACUGCAGAGCAGCAGAGGGCCCAUCCUGCUUCCCAGGCCCUGGAGGAGCACCAGAAACCCCCGGUGUCCAUCAAGCAGGAGAGAUGUGACCCAGAAUCUGUGAUCUCCCAGAGCCACCCCUCACCCUCAUCAGAGGUGACAGGCCCCACUUUCACCGAAAGCAGUAUCAAAAUACACUUAUGCCAUUACUGUGGGGAACGUUUUGAUUCCCGUAGUAACCUAAGACAACAUCUCCAUACCCAUGUGUCUGGAUCCCUCCCAUUUGGUGUCCCUGCUUCCAUUCUGGAAAGCAAUGACCUUGGUGAAGUGCAUCCACUUAAUGAAAAUAACGAGGCUCUUGAAUGCCACAGGCUCAGCUCUUUCAUUGUCAAGGAGAACGAGCAGCAGCCUGACCGCUCAAACCAGGGUGCCAUAGAGCCUCUGCAAAUCAGUCAAGUGUCUUUGAUCUCCAAAGACACAGAGCCAGUAGAAUUAAACUGUAAUUUUUCCUUUUCAAGGAAAAGAAAAAUCAGCUGUUCCAUCUGUGGUCAUAAAUUUCUCCGAAAAAGCCAAUUGCUAGAACACAUGUAUACACACAAAGGUAAAGCUUACAGAUACAACCGAUGCCAAAGGUUUGGCAAUGCGUUAGCCCAGAGAUUUCAGCCGUAUUGUGACAGCUGGUCUGAUGUCCCCCUGAAAGGUUCUCGCUUGUCACAAGAACAGUUAGAUUCAUCUUGUGCCUUAGAGUCAGAGCUCACGCAAGAAAAUGUGGACACUAUCCUUGUGGAGUAGCAGUUUCUCCUUCAUAAUUUUUAUAUCCAUUCUAAAAAAAAUCACAUGUAUUUUUAUUCAUGGAUUAUUUUCCUCUUCACCUUCUAUUAACUUUUUACCAGUUAGCCAUAGUUUUAAGGUUGUAUGUAUAGUAGGUCUAAUUAUUGUAAGAUAUGUUAUACAUAUGGCUAUUAAAAUGUAACCUUCAAGUAGAGCUAUGGACAUUCAUAAAUCACAAUUUAGAAAUCAGAAAUCAAUGUAGGAAUUAUGGAACUUGAGACAAAAUAGUUAUUUAUAUAAUUUAUAAGUUGUAGAAUCAGUAAAAACCAAAUUGAAAAUGAAGUAAAUGAAAUCGUUUUUAAAGAAUAUCCUACACUAUUAUUUUAGGCUAAUUUUUCACAUGAAUAUGCCACUAUGAAGACUAUUUAAAACUAUGUUCUGCCAUAUAGGAAGUUAUUUUAAUGCAUACCUAUAUGUUAUGAUGUAUACAAAUUUUGUUUUAUGGUAUAGCUACAUAUUAUAAGUAGUUUUUAAAUCACUUUUUACUUAUUAGCUCUGCAGCAUCUUAUAUGGCUUUUAUUUAUUUCUUGACAUUGAGCAUACCUCAUUUUUAAUUAAAAAUAUUUUAGUGAAAAGAGAGAAAGGGAGAAGAUUCAGACAUUAAAAUAAAAUCCCAAGGAGAGAGAAAUAGGAAUAUACAUACAGAUAGAUAAACACAGACAGAAGUUGAAAUAGGUCUACACUAAACCCAGUAUUGUUACCUUAUUAUAGAGCAUUUCCUUAACAACCAUAAGAGCAAUUAGAGUUGUUGUUUUUUUUAUGACCAUCAGUUUAAAGAGGAAAAUGGUAAAAUAGAAAUUAUCUUUCUACUCUUAGUGUCAGAGGAUUUUCUAGGCUGCCUCAGUUGAUGUUAAUUUUCUAAGUAUCACUUGAAAAAGUAAUUUUUCAAUGACACAGUUUUCUUUUUUUUUCUGGCCCAUAAAACCAGCAGAGUAGAUACAGUCAAUGUCCUAGAACUAUGUCUAAAAAUCCAUGAUAGCUUUCCCUUUGUGAAUAAACUUAGCUCCCUUUUAUAGCAGUGAAACUUAACACAGCUAAAACAUCAGAAAAAUUAAAACUGAGGGACUAAAUGAUAGAUUCUCCUGCUUUAUGUAGCUGGGGAAAAAGCUGGUCAAAGUUCACCACAAAGGAUAGAUCUAAAUUGUUCCUGAAAUGUUUAAAUUUCAAAGAUUAGUCAAGAAUAACAAAAGAGAAAAGCUUUAAAACAGUCUCAUCUUUCUUGUAUGCUGUCGUGUUCAAUUCAAAGCCUCACAGACAUGUUAAAAAAUCUGGUUUGUGAGGCUUAGAAAUUAUACAGAAACUCAGAGCUCCUUCAUGACUGCAUCCUUCUGAGGACAUCUCCUGACAGUGUCAGGGUUCAGGUUAGAAGGGAGCUCAAAGAGUAAUCUAGCUUAGUCUAAGGGCACAAAGGUUUUCUGUGGGUAAACAGGUUAGGUGAAUUAUGAAAUGAUAAGUUUUUCUUGAAGGCUGAAUGAAGAAACCACAGUUGAGUUUCUGCCUCAGACAAGUAACUAAAACUUCUUGGGGUCAAGAUUGAGAUGUGUUGAGAAAAAAAUCUAGCUAUUGAUAGAGGAUCAAUUAUAUUGGGAGUGGCUAAAAACAAAUGUGUUACACUUUGGAGUCAGAACUUCCUCGAAUCUUAAGUCAUUCUAGCAAUUGUGCAAAUUUAUACUACCCUGAAAGAUUUCAUCUCCUAGGAUGAACACAAAUAUUGACAUUGAUGUCAUGUAUUUUAGGCUAUUCAGAAUAUAUUCCCUGGCCUUCUUCGAGUACAAUUUCUCAUUAGUAUAACAAAUUUUCUGAUUUCUUUCUUCUCUGUUCUUUCCUUCUUGCUCAGUCAUUAGACCUUGACAUAAGAAGUAUGUAGUUAAAGGGUGGGAUUGGGGUGCACAUGAGUUGAGGGGUAGGGCAGCAGUUCAGGGUAGAGUCUGGAGAAAUUGUAAGAGUUUGCUGUGGCUGAGGGGCCAUAGCAGACAACGUUAAUUUAAAAGUGAAAUAUAUCUACAUUUGUUGAGUGUUAAAAAUGUGAUGGUUAGCUAUAUUUUUAUCCUUAUUCAUAUAGUUCCUUUUAAUAUUAGAAAUUCAAAGCCAAUGUUCUUUCUUUAAUCUUCAUAAUAUUCUGUUUUAGGAAAUGGAAGAAUGUUAACUCCAUUUUAUAGAAAAAAAGUCCCAAGAAAUAGGUUCCAGAUAGCCAGUGAAUAGUGAUGUUGGGUUACAUUUUUUUUUUAAUUUUUAUUUAUUUAUGAUAGUCACACAUAGAGAGAGAGAGGCAGAGACACAGGCAGAGGGAGAAGCAGGCUCUAUGCACCGGGAGCCCAACGUGGGACUCGAUCCCGGG